AUGUCGCACGAGACGCAAAUCGUCCUCGAUCUGCCCGACGAAGUGGCAGAGCUCCUCGAGGCGGAUCCGCCGCCACACAUGGAGAUCCGGUGGGACCCGCUCCCCGACGGAGCACCGGUGCCGCCGCCGUGCGGCGAGACGGCGCGGUUCUGCGUGGCCGGCCACGAGUUCUUCGCCAAGCUCAUGUCGCUCCCGACCGUCGUGGAGUCCAAGAAGUCGGUCGACCCGGCGGGCGAGGUGUACUAUGAGUCGCGCAAGAUCGGGCAGGUGCUCGUGGUGGCCAAGUCGAGGGAGGAGCUGCCCGCGGGGACGGAGCAACGGGACGGGCUCACGCCGCCGAUGGCGGCGAUCCGCGAGCGCAAGUGGCGGCGCCGGCCCUUGCACGACCCGAAGGCGGUCGAGCAGGUGGCGCUGGAGCUCGAGCGUGGCUUGCGCGGCGGCGGGCCGCUCAAGCCGGAGUACGACAUGGAGAUGGACGAGCUGGGCAGGCUGCAACAGCAGCUGCGGGAGGAGCAGUUGAAAAAGUUGAAGGCGGCGGAGGAUAUCGCCGCGCUGCAGGCCAAGGCGCCGCCGACCAACCCGCUGCUGCGCGUGAGGCAGCAGACGCAGCUCGACAAGCUCAAGCGCGACGAGCAGAAGGCGGAGGAGGAGUGCAAGAGGCUGCAGCAGCUGAUCGACAACGGAGGCAUCCCGCUGCCGACGCCCGCGCCCGGGAAGAAGAAGAAGAAGUGA